AUGUCAACGACGUCUACGAAUCACCCUCAAUCAUCUUCUCCUGCUCAGAACUUAGACCCACCGACUACCGACGUCUCAUGCUCUUCGAAUCCUCCGACAACUCUAAAGCCUUCGGAAGCACUCUUUGUUGCUGCAAAACCAACACACUCUCACUUCGGUCCAUCUUUAUUGACUGAGCAGCGCUUCUACAUUGAAGUACCAAGUUUGACCGAGGACCAAAAAUCACAAUACAAAGCUGACUUUGGCCGAAGCACGAUGGGUGCCUCCGAUGACGAAUUCGAUAAUCAGGAACUGGUCUCUGUAAUUGGUGAUCUCGAAGAGGGCGGCAUUCUGUAUUACUUCGCAAAAUUCUCUGAUGGAAUUGCUCAUAAGUUUCCGGCGGAUGAAUUUGCGAAAGGUCACGCGGAUCUCGUGGAACAGUAUAAAAACUCGAAAAAAGCUGGGACCCUUCUUCCGUUCGAUCCGUCCGCGCAUUACAUUCAUCCCAAGUCUCGUGUCAAAAUGGCCAUCAAAUUCAACACCCGAGUUUCACGGAACAGGCGUGUUCGCAGAGCAAGCUCGAACUCAGAUGAACUUGCCAUGGAUGUAGACUCUGAAUCCGAUACUGCAAUAUCUUCAGUCCCCCCGAGGCGCGGACAUCCUCGUGCUGCAGCUGCGGGUGCUAAGAAGAAGAUGAAAUCUUCUAUUCAAGACUAUUUCCCACCUGCUACUAAUUCAGACGACGACAGCGACGUCCACGAAGCGGCUGCGCCCGUCAGGAGAUCACUACGUACGCGGGCAACGCGAGCCACGGUUGCUCACGAUGCUGAUGACGACGAAUAUGAUGACGAGGUGCAGGAGAUGAGCAGCGAUGAGUUUGAAGGUCGCCGAGCAUUAAGGAACGCCAAAAAGAUCGUCCGCGGGAAGACUUCCCGCCCGGCAUAUGGUCGAUUCCGCGUUAUAGCAGAUAUGGAACUAGAUGAGCAAGAAAAGCCCGCCAAUGAGUUAUUAGCCGAUCUUAUGUCUAAGAAAGGCAGGCGGAAGAAGGACGUUGAAGAUGAUGAGAAGAACGAACAAGAGCAACUUGAAGAUUUGGGAGGCUGGGUUAGGUGCCUCAAAUGCCCGCUUGCCGCUCAUUGGGGAUGUCUUGCGAAGACCCAGAGAGAGGAAAUUCUACGAGCGGCCCUGGACAAAGAUAAGAGCGAGUGGCUUGCUCAGAUGGCGAAAUCGCGCGAGUCCGGCGACGAACAGCCGUCGGACUCAAGGACAAAGCCGGAACCGAGAAGGCGUGCAGAUCUCAAUCCAUGGCAGACGACAGAGUUUAUAUGUGGUUCGUGCAUGAAAGGCGGAAUCUGCAUGUAUUGCAAAGAAGUUGCAAUUCAGCCCGAUAGGUCUCAGCUGGCGAAUGUCGAGGACAAGCCUCAAGAGCGGAGGGGGACGCCAGAAGCAGCCGGUUCAGGUGUAGAUGUCGAGAUGGUCGACGGGACAAGUGUCGCUCUGAUGCCCGCCCUCAAAGGCAAUGGCAUCGACGAUGACAUCCCAGAUGAGCUCAUUUAUCGCUGCAUCACUUGCAAAAGACUCGCUCAUUAUGCCCACCUUCCUAUUCCUCCUGGUGAUAGCAUGCCGUCCGAUAACGUCAGUGCUAUCGAGCUCGCCGAGUUCUAUCAAAACGAUAACAACUGGCAAUGCGCUGAUUGUGCGUCCUACACUUAUGCAGUAGAACACAUCCUCGCGUGGCGUCCGUUUCCCGAAAAUGCUAUUGAGUCUCCACGUCCUGCAAUGCAGCCGGUGAAUUAUAAGAUGAUGCUUCCACGAGAAUACCUGAUAAAGUGGGUAGACAGAAGUUACAGGAGGACAUCAUGGGUACCUCAUGGAUGGUUGCUUGCGACAAAUACAGCCAAGCUAAAGAAUUUCCUCCAAGGCGGAAGUAAAAUCACAUUGUUGCCAGAGCCUGCGUCUGACGCCACAGCGGGGGAAUCGAAUGGAGUCGACUCGAUGGUAUAUGAAGUUGGCGGGGAGGUAUCGAGAGACACAUCCGUCAAGCCGGAUAGUGGACCCACAUCGUCCCUGCAGGCGAAUCCAGACGCGGAGCGGAAGAUACCACCCGCUUGGAUGACAGCGGAUCGUAUCUUGGAUGUGCUCCUUGCGUACCCCAAACGACGUAUUGGCAAGCGCAAACAGAAAUACGUCAAACAUCGAGGUAAGAAAGCAUAUGGGGUGGAAAGCGAGGACGAUGACGAGAAGAGCGAAGACCCUGAAGUGGCUCAAGUCCAUAGAGAAUUGGAGGACGUUCGCCGGCUAGGGAAGCAACCGAGUGAUGACUUGACUGAGACUGUCGAGGAGUACGAAGAUCGAACCCGGCAUAUAUUGUCUCCUGACGAAAUUGGCCGCGUUGUCUGGGUUCUCUUCAAAUGGGGCGACCUAGGCUAUGAAGAUGCCUCUUGGGAUGCUCCUCUGCGUGAAGGAGAGCCAGGGUAUGCCUCCUUUCAAAAUGCCUUUUAUCGAUUCUUGGCUGCGCGCAAGGUCACCAUUCGUCACUUGUCCGCUCAGGACCAGAAGGAUUUCGAUAAGCGACCAAAGAAUGCAUGGAGGAAGCAGGCCUUCGAUUACGAGAACCAACCAAAACUUGGUCAGAAUCCUCAAUUGAAAUUGAUGCCCUUUCAGGUUGACGGCGUCAACUGGCUUUGCAGUAAUUGGGUCGAACAUCAGCAUUGUAUACUUGCAGAUGAGAUGGGUCUGGGGAAAACUGUUCAGAUCGCCACCUUUAUUGGAAGUCUCAAGGGACACCAAGUGUAUCCCUGUCUAGUCGUCGUCCCUAACUCAACCAUCACCAACUGGGUACGCGAAUUUGAGCGCUGGGCUCCUAAGCUCAGGGUAGUGCCUUUUUAUGGCGAAGCUAAAGCUCGAGAAAUUAUCAAACGCUACGAACUUUUUCAUCAGUAUCCUGAAGAGGGAACGACUGGUGCUAAAUUUCAUGUAUUGGUGACUACGUAUGAGAUGAUAACCAACCCUAAGGAGUUUGCCCCCGUCUUCAAGAAGAUUCUCAGGUGGGAGGUGCUCGUAGUGGACGAAGGACAGCGACUCAAGAGCGAUGCCAGCUUGUUGUUUAGGAAGCUGAAGGAAUUAAAUACUAUACAUCGUAUUAUCAUGACUGGUACACCUUUGAACAACAACAUCCGAGAGCUCUUCACUCUCAUGAAUUUCCUCGAUCCUGGUGAAUGGGCCGAUUUGGAUGCCCUCGCGAGAGAAUACGAAGUACUCUCCGACGACAGUGUCAAGGAACUCCACAUGAGAUUGAGACCGUACUUCCUCCGUCGCCUCAAAGUUGAAGUUCUUCAAUUACCCCCAAAGAAUGAAGUCAUCGUACCGGUCAGCAUGACGCCUCUUCAGCGUGAGGUAUAUCGGUCACUCUUGAGUAAGAACCUCAAUGUCCUUCGGAAUCUCGUCCAAGGGUCAAUGGGCGCUAAGGUAAACGCCGCAGUGAGCAAGACCAACAUGAACAACCUGCUCAUGCAGCUGCGGAAAUGUCUCCAACAUCCUUACUUGGUAUCUGAGGAGAUUGAACCGAAAGGACUUCCACCAUCCGAGUCACAUGCCAAACUCAUAGAUGCCAGUGCUAAGCUGCUUCUGCUUAAGAUAUUGUUGCCCAAGCUUCGAGAGCGUGGUCAUCGAGUUUUGUUGUUUAGCCAGUUCUCCAUAGCACUCGAUAUCAUUGAAGACUUCCUCAUUGGUGAGGGUAUCAAGUACCUACGCCUGGAUGGAAGCACCAAGCAGAUCGAUCGUCAAAAGGGUAUGGAUGAGUUCAACAAACCCGAUUCGGAUGUAUUCGUUUAUCUGCUUACAACACGGGCUGGGGGGGUGGGCAUCAAUCUCUGGACCGCGGAUACAGUGAUUAUAUUCGAUCCAGAUUUCAACCCACACCAGGACCUCCAAGCUAUUGCCCGUGCGCAUCGUUAUGGACAGGAGAAAACAUGCCUUGUGUUCAAGCUUAUGAUAAUGCAGACGGGAAAGAAGAAGCUUGUCCUUGACCAUCUCAUUGUUCAGAAAAUGGAUGACAGUGAUGGCUCCAAGGAGGAUGUGCAGUCGAUCUUGAUGUUCGGUGCACAAGCCCUCUUCGAUGAAGGUCAGGAAUUAGAAGAACGUCAAAUUCAGUAUUCUGAGAACGACGUAGACAAGCUGAUCGAACGAACGGAACAAGAAGGGGAUCAGCCCGGACCUGAAGCCGAAACGAGCACGGCAUUUUCUUUCGCAAAAAUCUGGUCCGCGGACAAAGAUGUAAUGGAGGAAAUUGUGGAAGAUCCAGCGGAAAACCAAAUUGACUCAUGGGCACAAACGCUGGAGCGCAUAGCAACAAAGCGCUCAACUGAACAAGUUCAGGAAGCCACAGGCCGCGGUGUACGACGUCGUGCCGCAGCUGUCUUCCCUCAGCAAACCCUUGAUAUCGAUGACACUCCGGACAAGGGCCAGAAGGCUUCAAGGCGGAAAGGCAAGAAGAGCAAAUCGCACGUGUCAGACGAUUCCGACGUCUAUGCUGUAUCUGCAUCCGAGAGCGACACUGGGAUCUCAGCGACUGCCUCAGUUGUCCCAGACGAUCAUAAUAGCAUCCUUCCCCCCUCAUCCCCUCCGCUAGCGCUUCAAGCCCGACUGCACCAUGUACGUCCUCCUCCCAUCACACAGGAUGUCAGUAUCUCUUCAGCAUUCGGAGGUGAUACCAGAAUAUCUCAACCGUUGCCACCAAUUCUUAAUACGGCGGACCCCAUAUGUGGUCUAUGUGGCGGUCAGCACGGCGACACGCCAUGUUAUAUGACCAAUAGCUCGGAGAAUCUCGUUCAAUAUCGACGUAUGCUACUGUUUCAUGCCGGAGACGAGCCGUUGGAAGAACGUCGGGCGGCGAUCCAGGCGAUCGAUGAGACGCUACAUAAACGCGGAUUGCUUAAUCUUGUGCUUGGCCAGCCUCUUCACAUUGUUGAACAUCCGGCAAAAAGUAAUGAUCCACCUCCACCAAAGCGGCAGAAGAAGAAUCAUUCGGCGACCCCCGUACCAACAAGACCAUCUGCACCUCCUACUCAGACCGUCUUGAGGGGUACGCAGUUCGGAAUCCCGAGCAGUUCCAAAGACGUAGAUGCACAGUUUGGUCCUUCAAGAAGUGGGGCGAAGCCCGACAAGUCUCAGCCAGCCGCAUUCGUUGUCCCAAUGACAAAUAGCGCUCCAGUCGCGAGUACAUCGAAGCGUGCGCAGUCCUCCGACUCUGAAAAGCUCCCACAGAAGAAGAAAAUGAGAGAUGAGGGGCAGACACCCUGUCUGGUUUGCGGUCGGACGCCACAUCAUCUCGUGAAGGACUGUCCUGUCGUUGUACAAGGGCCAAAAAGUAUAAAGAGGGCGAUGCGGGAACUGAAGGAUGAUCCAGCGCAGGAGGCAACGUUGAAUGUGCUGCAGAAGAUCCUAGUCAAGCAGCAGAGGCAGGCGCUGGCUCGAGAUGGGGUGGAUUCCAGGGACUAA